AUGGCAUUUCGGAGGAACCAUCCAAGGCAGAGAAGAACAUGUGAAGAAUAUAAAGCUGAACUGGAGGAGGAGAACUACCAUCUUUGUAGUGAAUUGCAAGCAGAAGUUGAUAGUAACUGCCAAAAUGAAAAGCAGAUCAGGGAGCUAGUACGUGAAUGUGUCCGUUGUGAACAAGAAAUCCAAACUCUUAAUGGUGAGAUAGAACGUCUUGAGAAUGCUUCGAAAGAGGAGAUAGUAGAGCUAAAAUCCGAAAUUUCCAGCCUAAAAAAGCAACUAUAUCAAGGUAAGAAGGAUAUUCGUGAUAAUGAAAAACAUAUUUCUAGUAUAGAGAAACGAGGGAAUUCUCCAGACUUGUAUAAUCCUAAUAUUAACUUAGAAAUGGCUACCAUCACAGAGCUAGCAAAUGCUAUAGAUGGUUAUCUGAAUAAUACAACAAUAGGUAGAGAAAUCUUAGCUGAUCAAAUAAAAAAGGCGACAAGGCAGAUUAGCCAAAAAGAGAAUAAUUUGCAUCAGAAUUUAGUACGUGAGCAACGAAGGCGAUAUGAUGCAGAGGCUGAGCAUGAUAAUGAAAUUAUACGAAGGCAAAAUGCUGAAGGAGUGGAACAAAUGGUUAUUGCUGACCUUUAUCAGUUGCGGACUAAUGCUCGAAAUCAAACUAGACUUGCAGAAUCGGGAAUAGAUCCAAAUGAUAAUGUAGCAGGUCCUCCAACAGGAAGAGAUAAUGCAAUAGGACAUUUAAGAGCCUGUAUGAGAGGAAGGACUUUAAAAUGGUUCGAUGAUGAGAUUACUACAAAGCAGAAUUGGGAGAUAACUAACUUAAUCGAUAAUACAGGGCAGGCUAACUUAGUUGCAGUAAAUGGGCGAACUGCAGUACAGAUAGGAGCUAAUGCAUUAAAUGAGGCUGUUGGCCAACCAGGAAAUGCAAUAGUCAAGUUAAGAGCUGUAGAAGAUGCUUGGAAUGAAGACUGGCGUAUAGCAGGUGGCCAUCCUACUAAUGCUCCUGUAAAUGCACCAAAUGCUAAUGCUGGAAAUACAAUAGUUGUAGCUGGUAUUCGAUUUGGUCAAGCCGUAUGGUGGCUAAAAACUCAUUUCCCUACAGUAGAAGAGGAACUUCGGGAUUUGAUGUAUGGAACAAUCAGAAAGGGAGACAUGACUAUAGAUGAAUUAUAUAGAAAAAUAUUACGAAUAGGUAGACGAGCCAACUAUAGACCUGAAGAAUUACGUAGAAAGUUCUUAGAUGCUUUACCACUUUUAUGGCUUGAAAAAGCUGAGGAUAUUGAUGAACAUUUGCCAUUGGAUGAAUUAGCUAAAAAGCUUUAUGAGAUAGAGUUACGCCGAAUAGCAAGACAUAAAAAAGAUAGAUUACCUGACCCUCUAGUAUCUAAUCGAGCAUCUCGGCAAAUAUAUGAACCUUCACCUGUUUUAGCCCCACAACAACAAGGAAUAUCUUUAGAAGAUAUGCAAAAAGCAAUUCAGAAUGCAUUAGCACAACAAAAAACUGAAAACCAGACAUUACCGAGAGGUCCACCAUCUUCAUUGAAAACAGAGGAAGGUCUCAAGAAUUAUUAUGUAUCAGAAUACUUAAAAGAAAUAGGUUUAUUAAGUAAGGAAGAUUUAGACUCAGAUUAUCCUGUAAAAACUUUUCAAAGACCUCGUACACAGCGAAACAAUAAUUCUGCUAGAUUUGAUAGGAUUGAAGAAGGACUUGAAGAAACUCGGAAUAAUGUAAAUCAGUUAGCUGAUCUAUUUCAGAAAAAAAUAUUUAUACAAAAAUGUGGAAUUUGUGAAGAAAUGGGCCAUAGCAAGGGAAGUUGUCCAAAAAGACCAAUAGCUCAAUCUAAAUUAACUCGGUCAUAUUUUACGCCUCUUACACCUAUAGUCCCUCCCGAUUCAGAUGGUGAGAAAAAUGGUGGGGGUGAUUAUGAUGAGGACGAUAAUAGAUGGAUUGGAUAUGACCCACCGCUAUUGUCUAAGCUCUCACCACCAAUACGAAAAAUGUGCUUGUCUCGAAAGGUUCAGGAGGAGGAAUCAAAAGAAUCAGAUGAGUGGUUGUCAUCUUUACAAUAUCUGAAUACUAUUAUAAAUGACUUAACUAUUUCUAAAUCUUUUUUAGAUACCGCCAGUGAGUUCGGUGGUAUAAAUGACCCAGCAAUCAAGGCGCUUAGAUGGAAGGCUGAUAAACCAUCUAAUUUUGCUAUAAAGGGCAAUUCCAAGAAUGAAAAGGGAAUAGUUAAUCGGAGUUUUACCUAUAAAAUAAUUACAGUAGGAAAAUACCCAGAUAAAAAGAUUCUUCAAGUUACUUGUGCACCAAACUGUUAUCCUAUUCCUGAUGAUUACAAAAUACAAACAAAGUGGAAACGCGGAAAUGAAAACAAGGUAAUUCAAUGUAUAAUUACAUAUCAAGACAACAAACCUUUGUAUUAUAUACAAUAUGGUGAAAAUUUUAGUGAGCAAGUUUUUUCUAAGUCGUCAGCUACCAAUACUGCUGGUUUGUUACAUAAGAAAUUUACCGAAAGUAAUGCCAAAACAUCAGGAAUUUUACUUUUUGGAUUACAACUUAAUAAAUUAAAAGAAUAUCAAGAAACGAAAUCAGUCAAACCACACACAAAGAUUUUGAAGCCUGUUAAUGAGAUGACAACUUCUGGAUUGACAAAACGAGCAACGAAGAUAUCAUCUAAAGUGUCAGAACAAUUUUCAGAAAUUGCCAACAAUUAUUAUCUUUCAGAAGAUGUUCCGUUAUUGAAAUCAAUAGAAUUUAGCGUUAAAGAUAAAAGAUAUGAUAUCUAUUAUGGAAAAGAAAAUCAAGUUUUAAAACAUAAAAAAGAAGUUGCAAUUGUAAGAGCAAUGGAUAAAAGCAGAAUUUCGCGUGAUGGAUAUAGAUAUCUUACGGCAAUUGAGCCAAAUUUACCAAAAGAAAAUGCAAUAUCUGAGCAAAAAGUCUUUAUUAACAAUUUAAUGGAACAAAAUGUUAAAAUUAAAAUUAUUAAUAUUGAAGCAACAGCAGAAGUGGAUCCUGAUGAAGUACCACAUAUUAUGGAUGAAAAUAUUGUAGAAACAGUUAUUAAUUCAGUGGGUAAAGCAGGAGUUCGAAGUAUUAAAGAAAUUUUAAUAUUUCUAAUACCAAGUUUAGUUAGAAAAAAUAUUUUAAAUUCAUCACAACCUAUUAUUUCAAUUAGAAUUUCAGGGGAUGGAAGAAAUGUUGGCCGAAAGGUUAAGCAUGUUAUGAUUACAUUUGCAAUUCUUAACCAUAAAAAAGUUCUUUUUUCCCUUGAAUAUCAUUACACUCUUAUUCUUUAUCCUGGGUCUAAAGAAUAUAAUACUUUGGAUAUAACUACGAGGUUAUUAAGAGAAGAAUUAUGGCAGCUAAAAAAUCAAGGACUAACUAUUGGUAAUGUACAUUGGAAAUUUGAAUUAUAUUUUUCUUCUGAUUGGAAGUUUUUAAUUACCUGUUUAGGAUUUAAUUCUCCAACAAGUAACUAUUUUUGUCCUUGGUGUUUAAUUAAAAAGAAUCAACAUAGAGAUUUAGAUGCUAAUUGGACAAUCUCAAAAAAUAUGAAUAAUCUGAGAAAUAAUUAUACCUUUUAUUCAGGUCAUCAUAAAAAGCCAUUGUUUGAUAUGAUUGAAAUAGAAAAUUAUUUAGUUGAUGAAUUACACGUUAUGUUAAGAAUUACCGAUAGACUUUGGAACUUAGUAAUAAAUGAGAUAAUUGAAUCAGGAUUUUUUGAUAUAGCACGUGAAGUUAUUAUUAAAGAAAUGCAGCGUAUUGGUGUUCGCUUUCAAUUUUGGCAAGAAAGAGAUUCCAACAAAUGGUCAUAUACUUCGCUUAUGGAACAAGAAAAACUUAAAGUAUUACUAUGGCAUAUAUGGGAAUUUAUGGAAAAACAUAAUAAAUGGGGUAUUAAAUCUUUUUCCUGUUCUUUAGUUGAAAAGAAGAAUCAUAUGCAAGUAUCAUUUUUUUUUCGCAAAACUAUGAAAGAUGGAGGCAAGCUUGUUAAUUCUAAGGCUGCAAUAGUAGAAAUUCUUGAAGAAGAAAACAGAUCACUUUAUGAAUUAUCUGAUAAUAUUUCUUUUAUUUGUGAUAGACCUCAAAAAAUUAGAAUUAUCAAUAAAAAAAUUAAACCUAAUAGAGUUCAAAUUUAA